AUGAUUACUUCGGGACACAAUCCAAUUACACUGCUAAAAAGAAUUUUAAGUUUAGCCGAAAUAUCACCUUUUGUGCUCAUCGCCGACAGCUUAGCGCAGAGUUCAAGGAAAUUGCUUGAGGAGGUGCACUACAACGUCAAGGAGGACUCGAAAAUUAGCAUAAUAUAUGUGUCGUUCGAAACCGUCGAUAAACCUAGCUAUGCGGACGUUUUCAUUGCCGCAGGUUCCCUGUCGCUGGACAAGCUGACGCAGACUGUAAGAACAUUCCUUCCUUCAACAAACGUGCCAGACGGGAGCAAGACUAUGGUUCUGAUAGAUUCCAUGAAUUAUAUUUCCUCGAACCAUGUUGGUCAGUUUGUGAGCGGCAUUAGCUCUCGAAAUUCCACGCUACUGGGAGUGUACCAUACAGACGUUCCGGAAUAUCGAGAAAGCGUUUCACAUUACCCUAAAUCUAUAGAGCUGCUGCAUUUCAUGGCGACUACUGUGAUGGAAGUGCAACCUGUUCUUCCGCAGAAUGCAACGGAGGAGCAAAUGAAGGACGAUCUGUCGCGGUUUUUGAUUCCUCGUGGGCUAAAUAACCACACUUUCCAGUUGGUUUUGACUACACGCCGGAAAUCAGGAAGAUCGUUGUCAUAUAAGUUUCUUAUUAACUCGGAAACACACUCUUAUGAUAAUAUUGUGACUUCAGACUUAAUCGAAGACCGUGAUAAUGAAACGCCGGAAAUGCUACAAGAUCUAACAACUUUCAACCUUACAACCUCCGCUAAGCAGAAACUGGCGAAGGAACAGGUUGAGCUACCCUUCUUGGAGGCUCAAUCGUUCAAUACAGGUGGCGCAAUCGUUUAUCAAUUCGAGAAGGAUGACGAUUACGACGAGGAAGAUCCUUUUGAGGACCCCUUCUAA